GUGGGGGUGCGGGUCGAGUGGUAUUCGAAUUGGAACGGGAACGGGAAGAAGAUGCCGCUGCUAUUUACGGGCUUCAACGCAUUUGGCCAGCAUGAAUGUGUAAGCGGCGACGUCGACUGCGCAGCCGGCUUCAGCGAAAUAAAUGCGCCAGUCUCGACUCAGAACCAGUGCACGAUUUCGAUCGGCUGGCGGUAUGCGGCUCUCGCUUUUGGCCGGAAGUUGUGCCUGCGUGGGCUCUUGGAUGAUGGCCCAAAUGAGUGCGUGACUCUGGAGGCAACGGGGGACAUAAGGGCCCUUGCCGCCACCGAUUCCCACUGCCUUGUGCUACUCCAAAGCGGUCAGCUUUACAGGGUGCAACCCAAACUGCAGGCGGAACUGGUGGCUGUUAGACUAGAAGCUGCUCCCAGAUCCAAUUCGGGUACAAAGCGCUCGAUCUUUGGGGCUGCCAAGGCGCCUUCGUCGCCGAUCAUAGAGCAUAUCGCAUGUGGAUCGCACAUAAACGUAGCGAUCAGCUCGGAAAACUGUGUCUACAGCAUUCCCAGCUGCCUGCAUCAGUUUUCCGAGCGCCAGUUUCGGGUGAAGCAGGUCCAAUGUGGCCAUGAACAUGCCGUGCUCCUCAAUGCCAAUGGUGACGUGUUCACCUGGGGAAAUGGACUCCGCGGACAGUUGGGACUGGCGGUGCUGAGAGUGGAGGAGACGCCUCAAUUGCUGGAGGCGCUGGCGGGGAUCAAGAUAACGCGAAUUGCUGCCGGUGGUUGGCACAGUGCUGCCAUAUCCGCCUUCGGAGACCUCUACACCUGGGGCCUCAACUGCAGCGGUCAGCUGGGAAUGCGUGUGAUGAAACCCGGUGGCGUCCUCAAAGAGCCCACUGUAUAUCCGCUGCCCCAGUUGCAAGAUCUGCCCGAAUGUGACUGCUCCCAAGGCGGGGAGAGCAACGAUGAUUGUGAACCGCUGAGGGUGUUCGCUGGAUCUCGUCACACUCUGCUGAUCCGCCGGUGCGGGCGGCUAUGGGUCAGUGGUUGGUGCAAGCACGGUCAACUUGGCAGGCAGCUCCAAAACCUGUGCUAUGUGGAUGCCUUUCAGGCCCUGGAAGGUAUCAAGAUGAACCCUACUGCGGAUGAGGUUCUCUGUGGGCCAUGGUCAACGCUGCUCCAAUUGAAGGUAUCGUUGGAUUGAAGACACAUUUGUUCGUUUUAAAGAGACUGACUUCACUAUAGUUAAAUCUACUAAAUUGAACGCAUCUUGGACACAAACCAAUUUACAUGUGAAACCAA